ACCGGACGCGGGCCGGGGGCCGGGGCGGGGACUAGCCGGAGGGGCGGGGCCGCUCCUUCUCCACCUACUCAGCGGGCUCCCGGGGAAAAGCAACAGCGUCCGGUCUGGGGCCGCGCGGCCUGGCCAGACCCGGGGCCGGCGCGCCCUCUCCUCGAGGAGCUCGAGAGAUCAAGACCAUGGACACGCUCACCAGGAACCAGGUGGGCCCUGGAUGCAAGACCCCAGCAAUGGUGCAGAAAGGCCCCUUGGACCUGAUUGAGACGGGCAAAGGGCUGAAGGUGCAGACAGACAAGCCCCACCUAGUGAGCCUGGGCAGCGGGCGGCUCAGCACAGCGAUCACCCUGGUGCCGCUGGAGGAAGGGAGAACAGUGAUUGGCUCUGCGGCCAAGGACAUUGCCCUGCAGGGGCCGGGCCUGGCUCCCGAGCACUGCUACAUAGAGAACCUGCGGGGCACCCUCACCCUCUACCCGUGCGGCAAUGCCUGUGCCAUCGACGGGCUCCCUGUCCGGCAGCCCACCCGGCUCACUCAGGGCUGCAUGUUGUGCCUGGGCCAGUCCACCUUCCUCCGGUUCAACCACCCCGCUGAAGCCAAGUGGAUGAAAAGCAUGAUCCCGGCAGGGGGCCGGGCCCCGGGCCCCCCCUACAGCCCCGGCCCAGAGUCAGAAAGCCUAGUGAACGGGAACCACCCCCCGCAGCCUGCAGCCCAGGGCCCCGCGGCCUACGCCAGCCACAGCUCCCUGGUGAGCUCGAUCGAGAAGGACCUGCAGGAGAUCAUGGACUCCCUGGUGCUCGAGGACCCCGGCGCCGGCGGCAAGAAGCCUGCUGCCACAUCCACACUGUCACCGAUGGCUAACGGGGGUCGCUACCUGCUGUCGCCCCCGACCAGCCCCGGCGCCAUGUCCGUGGGCUCCAGCUACGAGAACACCUCCCCGGCUUUCUCUCCACUCUCCUCACCAGCCAGCAGCGGGAGCUGUGCCAGCCACUCGCCCAGUGGGCAGGAGCCAGCCCCUCCUGUGCCCCCGCUUGUGCCUGUGCGCUCCUCCAGUUACCAUCUGGCCUUGCAGCCCCCACAGUCCCGGCCCAGUGGGGCCCGCCCCUCUGAGAGCCCCCGGCUGGGCAGGAAGGCGGGGCAUGAGCGGCCCCCCAGCCCCGGCCUCCGGGGUCUGCUGCCAGCCAGCCCCACCGCUCCUGUCCUGGCGGAGGCCCACAGAGCCACCGAGAGCCCCUGGCUGGGUGGGCAGCUGCCCGUGGUGGCCAUCAGCCUGAGUGAAUACCCAACUUCUGGUGCCCACAGCCAACCCACCAGCGUUCCUGGCAGUCCCAAGUUCCAGCCUCCGGUCCCUGCACCCCGAAACAAGAUGGGUGUGCUCCAGGAUCGCCCCCCCAGCCCUCUCCGAGAGCUGCCGGGCCCCGAGCGCGGGUUGGCAAGCAGCCCCUCACGCCAGUCGCUGGGCCGAACGUUCUCGGACGGGCCGACCCCCCGCACCCUGCAGCCCUCUGAGAGCCCCCGCCUGGGCCGCCGGGGCCUGGACAGCCUGCGGGAGCUCCCUCCCCUGAGCCCGGCUCUGUCCCGACGGGCUCUGUCCCCCCUGCCCACCCGGUCCACCCCAGACCCCAAGCUGACCAGGGACGUGGCAGAGAGCCCCCGGCCCCGGCGCUGGGCAGCCCACGGCACUUCGCCAGAGGACUUCUCACUGACACUGGGGGCGCGGGGCCGUAGGACACGGAGCCCCUCGCCCACCCUCGGGGAGUCCCUGGCACCCCGCAAGGGCAGCUUCAGUGGCCGGCUGAGCCCCGCCUACAGCUUGGGCUCCUUGCCGGGGGCUGUGACCCGACAGAGCCCCCGUGCCCGGAGGAAGCUCUCCAGCGGGGACUUGCAGGUGCUGGUCACCCGGGAGCGGAAAAACAGCAUCACCGAGAUCAGCGACAAUGAGGACGACCUGCUGGAGUACCACCGGCGGCAGCGCCAGGAGCGGCUCCGGGAGCAGGAGAUGGAGAGGCUGGAGCGGCAGCGCCUGGAGACCAUCCUGAACCUGUGUGCGGAGUACAGCCGGGCCGAUGGGGGGCCUGAGGCCGGGGAGCUGCCCAGCAUCGGGGAGGCCGCUGCUGCCUUGGCACUGGCCGGCCGGAGGCCCUCGCGAGGCUUUCCAGGGGCCACUGGGGCCUCCGGGCGGAGCAGCGAGGAGCCUGGAGGUGCCCCUGCGCGGCUGUGGGAGAGCAUAGACCGCACGGAGGAGGAGAACCUCAAGGAGGAGUGCAGCAGCACCGAGAGCACCCAGCAGGAGCACGAGGACGCGCCCAGCGCCAGGCUGCAGGGCGAGGUGCUGGCCCUGGAGGAGGAGCGGGCGCAGGUGCUCGGGCGCGUGGAGCAGCUCAAGGUCCACGUGAAGGAGCUGGAGCAGCAGCUGCAGGAGUCGGCCCGCGAGGCCGAGAUGGAGCGGGCGCUGCUGCAGGGCGAGAGGGAGGCCGAGCGGGCGCUGCUGCAGCAGGAGCAGAGGGCGGCGGACCAGCUGCAGGAGAAGCUGCUGGCCUUGGAGACGGGCGUCCAGAAGGAGAGGGACAAGGAGAGGGCGGAGCUGGCCGCGGGACGCCGGCACCUGGAGGCCCGCCAGGCGCUCUACGCGCAGCUCCAGAGGCAGCUCGAUAACUGCCCCGAGUCAGUGCGGGAGCAGUUGCAGGAGCAGCUGAGAAGGGAGGCUGAGGCCCUGGAGACGGAGACGAAGCUCUUCGAGGACCUGGAGUUCCAGCAGCUGGAGCAGCAGAGCCGCGUGGAGGAGGAGCGGGAGCUGGCCGGCCAGGGGCUGCUCCGGAGCCAGGCCGAGCUGCUGCGCAGCGUCGCCCGGAGGAAGGAGCGCCUGGCAGUGCUGGACAGUCAGGCCGGGCAGAUCCGGGCUCAGGCCGUGCAGGAGUCCGAGCACCUGGCCCGGGACAAGAAUGCUUCCCUGCAGCUGCUGCAGAAGGAGAAGGAGAAGCUGACGAUGUUGGAGAGAAGAUACCACUCACUCACGGGAGGCAGGCCUUUCCCGAAGACCCCGUCGACCCUCAAAGAGCUGGAGAGGCCGCUGCCCCCCGCUGUGCACUUAGAGCAAUGGUACCAGGAGCUGAUGGCCGGGCUGGGGACCCCCGUGGCCGCCUCCCCUCGCUCUUCCCCCCCACCUCUGCCCACCAAAGCCUUUCGUCAGCUGCAGGUGUUCCGCUCCAAGAUGGAUGGGGAAGCCCCCAGCCCCCCUGCCCACACCUGUGGCCCCCUGCCCUCCUCCUCGGGCUCCUCCUCCUCCUCCUCUCAGCUCAGCGUGGCUGCCUUGGGCCGCAGCCCUUCCCCAAAGAGCGCGCCCCUCGCCCAGAACGGCCCGGGCAGCCUCCCCCGCACCCUGGCGGCCACGCUGCAGGACAUCGAGACCAAGCGCCAGCUGGCCCUGCAGCAGAAGGCCCAGCCGCUUCCCGCCGAGCCCCUCCCAGCUGCCGGCCCAGCAGGGCAGCAGGUGAUUGAGGAGCAGCGGCGGAGACUGGCCGAGCUGAAACAGAGAGCGGCGGCUGAGGCUCAGUGCCAGUGGGAUGCCCUGCACGGGGCACCCCCCUUCCUGGCAGGCCCCUCGGGCUUCCCCCCCCUCAUGCACUCUAUCCUGCACCACCUACCGGCGGGGCGGGAGCGCGGGGAGGAGGGCGAGCACGCCUACGACACGCUGAGCCUGGAGAGCUCCGACAGCAUGGAGACGAGCGUCUCCGCGGGCGGCAACUCCGCCUGCUCCCCGGACAACAUGUCCAGCGUGAGCGGCCGGGAGGUGGGGAAGCUCGAGGAGAUGGAGAAGAUGCUGAAGGAAGCUCAUGCGGAGAAGAGCCGCCUCAUGGAGUCCAGGGAGCAGGAGCUGGGGCUGCGGCGGCAGGCCCUGGAGGAGGAGCGGCGCCGGCGGGAGCACGUGGAGCGGAGGCUGCAGAGCGAGAGCAGCCGGAGGCAGCAGCUGGUGGAGAAGGAGGUCAAGCUGCGGGAGAAGCAGUUCACUCAGGCGCGACCCCUGACCCGCUACCUGCCCAUCCGGAAGGAGGACUUUGACUUGAAGACCCACAUCGAGUCCUCGGGCCACGGCGUCGACACCUGUCUGCACGUGGUGCUCAGCAGCAAGGUCUGUCGUGGCUACUUGGUCAAGAUGGGCGGCAAGAUCAAGUCGUGGAAGAAGCGCUGGUUCGUCUUCGACCGGCUCAAGCGCACCCUCUCCUACUACGUGGACAAGCACGAGACGAAACUGAAGGGGGUGAUCUACUUCCAGGCCAUCGAGGAGGUGUACUACGACCACCUGCGCAGCGCGGCCAAGAGCCCGAACCCGGCCCUCACCUUCUGUGUGAAGACGCAUGACCGGCUGUACUACAUGGUGGCCCCGUCGGCAGAGGCCAUGCGCAUCUGGAUGGACGUCAUUGUCACCGGGGCUGAGGGCUACACUCAGUUCAUGAACUGACGGGUGGGCUUCCUGGCCCUCAGGCUGGCCCAGGGCCCAGGCCCGACCUCCUGCUCUCUGCUGGCCCUGGACACAGUCACCCCCUGGCCCAGGCUGCCUCCGGCGGUGCGUCCCGAGGCCCUGGGAGGGCCCAGCGGAGCCAGGGCUUUGGGAGCAGAGGCCUUUGUCCUGCUGGGAGGUGCUGAGCUCGGGCCUCCUGCAGAAGCAGAACCAGCCAGGGCUGGGGGCGGGGCGGGGCGGGGCGGGGGGUUUCGCAGCCCAGGAGCCCGGAACUUGGAAUAACCCUGCAGGGUCCUGUCCUAUGUGUCCUCUGUGUCAAGGACAAUUACGGUACCAGAAUCUGCCAAAGAUCCCCUCUUGCCUCAGCCUCCUUUGCAGGGGCCGUGGGGGCCCGAGCAGAGCUGCCUCCAGAGUGGGGUGCAGCUCAGGCAGUGCUGCUCAGGCCCAGCUCUCACCCCAUCGUCCGCCCGCAUUUGUACUUUUAUUACUUUGCUCAAGGGCCAGAGGCCUCACGUUUUAUCUUUGAGGGGUCAGCCCAUCCCCUUUUUGCAGAACCAUCACCAUGGUCACCAUAGUAACUGUUUCAUUGCCGUGGUUACAUACUAAUUGCCGUGGCUGUGUGGCUCUGCCCACUGCUGAAGCUGUGGCCCAUCUGAGGGCACGUGCCAUCAUCUCUCCAGCCCAGGCCCUUGGGCAUCUCAUGUUGGGGACACGGGACCUCACACCGCCCUCCCCAGCCCGUCCCCAGGCCGACGCACAGCUGCUGGCCCGGCCAGCCCUCUCCCGUCCACUCGUGCCUGGCCCGGCCAGCCCUCUCCCGUCCACUCGUGCCUUGCUUGGAGCCAGAGGGGGUGAGGUCAGGGUAUCGGUCCCGAGGAGGAGGAGGCUGGAAGGGCCUUCCUCGGGUUCCGUGCGGGGCUCCCCGAGGAAGCCUGAGCCGGAGAGGAGCUCAGAGGAGGGGACCCUGAAGUCCCGCCUCCGAAGGGGGUGACCAUGGAGCAGAGGACGAGGCCUCCGGCGGCCUGGCUGCAGUCCUCCCGCCUUAACACUAAGCCCACCUCCCCGCCCCCUCCAGUGCUGGGCCCGGGUGCGGGUCCAGGCUGGGUGGUUCUCAGUAUUUGUAAGCAUCUCAGCAGAACAAUAAAGUAUUUGGCGUGUGA